AAAUGAAAUAGUAGUAAAAUUUAAAAAACUAAAGUGAACAAUACACAUUUUCAGAAUCCCAAGAAAACAUUGAUUCACUUUUAUGAAUCCUUUGGCCUGCGUUGACUGACUCAAACUAUACUAUUGUUUCUUAAACCUCAUCCAAUCCAAGUUUCCAUAUGCUUUUUCUAUUUCCUUCCACAACUUGUACAUAAAUAGACCCCUUCUCAUCAUUUUUUGUAUUCACCGAGGCACAUAAAUUAUACACCUUAUAUUAUACAACAUUGCAACAACAUGAAUGAACUUCAUUCCUUAGCUUAUACUAAUAGUUUCUAUAAUUCUUCCAUAGCUUGUUGGGAUCAUUAUCACAAUCUUGGAAUUCUCAAUUCAGACAAUAUGUCUUUAAUUAUGGAUGGAAGUGGAGGUUCAUUCUCAAAUCAUGAAGAGUCUGAUUUCUCGACUGGUUAUCUUGAAGAUGCUUUGGUUGAAUUUGGUGAAAGUUCCAAACGAAGACGGUUGUUGCAGCCAUAUAAUGACACUGAUGAUGAACAAAGCAAGAGUACUACUACUUCUAUUGAUGAUUUUGACAAGAGUUUCUGGAAUUUUAACCCUAUAUGGCAUCAACCAGUAGAGAAUUUCUUCUGCAUGGACCAGAUAGAAAGGAUCUGUGGAUUUUCAGAUGAGCAUAUAAGCACAUUGAGGAGUAGAAUAAGUGAGCAACCAAGCAUUGUUCUAGAAGACACUAAAACAACAGAAGAGACAAUAUCAGCCUCUGAAUCUCCAAAUUCCUCUUCAUCUUCAUACAAAGAAUUAUUACCAUUCACAUCCAAAAUCAGCAGAGACACCCCACCUGGAAGUAGUAGUGAUGAGAUGAUGAGAAAGAAGAAGGUAUUAAGAACAGCAACAGCAAUAGCAACAACAAAAACAAGAGUUGUAUAUCCAUUUGCAUUGGUGAAACCAGGAGGAGAGGAAGGUGAUGUGACAUUGAAUGACAUAAAUGAGAGGAUCUUAAUGCCACCAACAAAGCCAGUAAGGCAUCCAGUUGGUGACUUUGCAUGUCGGCCAUGCGUGUCUGCACAAGGUCCAGGCCUUUCAGGGAAAGCAGUGGUGGCCCUUACUAGAAUUCACACACAAGGUAGAAGAGGAACCAUCACUAUUAUCAGAACCAAAGGCUAAUCUUAUCAAAUUGUUAUGUUAUAAUGUUUUCAUGGCUAAAUGAUAAUGUAGCUUUUACUUGUAGCAGCUUUUUGAGGCCUCAUUUUGCUUUGUUUUCAUCUCCUUCUAAAAAUUGUAAAGAUGGAAAGUGAUAUGUAAAAUAUUUAUGUAUAAAAUAUAGUUCAAUCUUAUGUAUAUUUUAUAUGUCAGAGAUUCAGAUCCAAUAUGCAUGUACAAUUAUUUGAGCUCAUAUGAAGACUGUAAUUUAAAUUCAUGCUUAAAAAACA